AUGGUGUCAAAACCCCUUCUCACCCAGCUCCUGCUUCUCUUCUCUAUCUUCGGGAGCGGGUCCCUAGCCAGACGAGGCGGAGGAGGCGAUAAUGACAGCAACAACGACAGCGACAGCAGUGAUGGAAGCGGCAGCAGUUCAGGUUCAUCCGGAUGCGGAACCACAAACAACCUCCUAACAACAACAUACAUUGUCCCCAACAACGCCUGGAACUGGACAUCCCAAGGCAGUAGAUCCGCCGACGCCAGCCCAACAAUAUACGACGGCAGUUAUUUCCAGGGCGAAGGAUAUAUAUCCUACAACAUCACCGGCGGAUCACGAUGUCGUGACGCAAACGGGGAGCUUCGGAUCCUAGGAUACGCCUGGGUUGGACCACAACCGCCCUAUCCUACCGGGCCCUUGAACCCCUUUAUCGUUGGGUUCAAGGCGUGGGAAUCCGACAAGCCGGUUAAUGAGAUCCACACGUCUUAUAAUCCGAUUAAAUGGACAGAGGAUAGUGUUUGUCCUAUGGAGCCGGAUCUCGUUCGCAUCGCUACGACUAGAGGUUGGAUUGACUUGACGGCUCAUACGUCUGGUGCCUCGGAUGUGAUGAUCAUGAAUGUUUCUAUGGAUUCAGCGAAGUCAACCGCCGUGAGUUUCAAUGCUACUACUGCUUCUAACCCGGAACCGGCGAUUGAUGGGGGCGAGGGGUUGAUUCGUCUUCCUGGGCGUACUUGUUCAUCAUACGGGAUAAGCAUGGGCUGGCCCUCUACCACGAGUUUGAAUGGAUCUGUGACGAACACUACCCUGGAUCUUCGAUUUGUGGGUUCGGGUAACACAUCGUCUGAUUAUAAGAAUUAUAGAGGUACUGAGGAUGAAUUGCACAUUGAAUUCAUGGGUUGGUACCGCUGGCAAGACAGGGACAUGGGCACCCCACUAUCCUGA